AAGUCGUCAAAAUAUAGUCUAAAUUUUACAACUUUACAUAGUAAAAGGACUGCAUUAUCAAUAAUAAAACUGGAUUCCGGACUGCUAUAACAUUUCAAUUUGGUUCUGCAGUUGAAGGCAUGUGUCAAAAAGAUAUCCGAAUGCCACUGAAGUGAAUCUCGGUGACACUCGUAAUAUGCACCUGCUAGUUAUGAGAGCUGUCUCUUCAUUACGGUAAUGGUGUUCAAGAAAUACCUAUUAACCAUGAUCGAUUGUGUGAUCUGCAAGUAACAAAAUGCCGUGUGAUGCGUCUAUCUAUCAGGUGUCCACAGCUAAAAAGUUUGUCUUUGAAACGUAGUAAUAUGGCACCGGUGGCCCUGAAUUGCCCUCUUAUAAACCUGCUUGACAUAAGCUCAUGCCACGAACUUACGGAUGCGGUAAUUUGUUCGGCAGUGACUUCUUGCCCCCAAUUAGAAUCUUUAGACAUGUCGAAUUGUUCUUGUGUUAGUGAUGAGACAUUGCGUGAGAUAGCUCACAGUUGUGCGAAUCUCCAAGUUUUGAGUUCUUCUCAGCUGAUGGAUCACUUCAAAUGGCACCAUAGUUUUAUCUGUUCAAUUCUUCUCUGCAUCUAGCAUUACUUAUGAGUUUCAAAUAUUUUUUGAUUGGUUUUGGUGCUAUCAAAUGAAUGUAGCUCCUUGGUUCCUGCAUUGUGUUCGUCGUUUUAUUGUGCUUUCCGACGAUUUCUUGUUUUUAUGUCGACCAGAGCUUGACAGCAGUGCAGUUACCCGGUACAUCUUUAGUCAACCUUUCUCUGGUUGGUUGUCGUGCUAUUACUGCUCUGGAUCUUGUCUUGAGAAAAUUUGCUUAGAUGGUUGUGAUCAUCUUGAGAGAGCAUCGUUUUGUCCUGCUUCUCUUCUGUCACUUAACCUCGGAAUAUGCCCCAAAUUGAACACACUCAAAAUUGAUGCUCCAUGUAUGGUGUCACUUGAGUUGAAAGGACGUGGUGUAUUAUCUGAAGCAUCAAUAAAUUGUCCCCUAUUGACAUCACUUGAUGCCUCCCUUUGCAGGAUUUGGACUUGUCACGCGAUACCCUGUGCCAGUCUGCCAUAGAAGAGCUUCUUGCUUAUUGCACACAUCUUACCCAUGUGAGCUUGAAUGGAUGUAUAAAUAUGCAUGACCUUAAUUGGGGUUCUACUGGUGUUGGAUUUGAGUCACUAUGUUAUACAUAAUGGAUCUAUUCCGUUUUCUUUUGAGAACAUCAAUGAGCGAACCUCAACUGUGAGGUUGUCCAAAAAUUAGGAGAGUGCUCAUCCGGGAAGCUGCAAGUUGCUUACAUGGUUAUGUGCCGACGUAUUGCUGCAAUUAUUGUUUUCCAAAAUAUGCUUCAAUUUCUUGUUUCCUUCAUGUCAACUUGUUUUUGUCAUUUACAAAUGUGUGCAUGUGUGUAUCUCCA